AUGGUGACGGGCUCCUGGGCUGGGUUCUGUCUUGUUACCGCGCUGUCCUUCAUUUCCCGCUUCUAUGGUCUGUCACAGCCGCCACAUGUGUGGUAAGAGCUCUCCUGGGGCUCCUGGGAGAAAGCAGCCCGGGCUGGGGGCCUGUGUGGGGGACCAGUGUGGGGGCCUGAGGGACCAGUGUGGGGACCAGUGUGGGGACCAGUGUGGGGACCAGUGUGGGGCCUGUGUGGGGGCCUGAGGGACCAGUGUGGGGGCCUGAGGGACCAGUGUGGGGACCUGUGGGGACCUGUGUGGGACCUGUGUGGGGACCUGUGUGGGGACCAGUGUGUGGGGACCAGUGUGGGGACCAGUGUGGGGACCAGUGUGGGGACCAGUGGGGACCUGUGUGGGGACCAGUGUGGGGGACCUGUGUGGGGCCUGAGGGACCAGUGUGGGGGCCUGAGGGACCAGUGUGGGGGCCCAGGACCUGUGUGGGGACCAGUGUGGGGACCAGUGUGGGGACCAGUGGGGACCAGUGUGGGGACCAGUGUGGGACCUGUGUGGGACCUGUGGGGCCUGAGGGACCAGUGUGGGGACCUGUGUGGGGCCAGUGUGGGGCCAGUGUGGGGCCUGAGGGACCUGUGUGGGGACCAGUGUGGGGCCUGAGGGACCAGUGUGGGGCCUGAGGGACCAGUGUGGGGGCCAGUGUGGGGACCUGAGGGACCAGUGUGGGGGCCUGCGUGGGGGCCAGCGUGGGGACCUGAGGGACCAGCGUGGGGACCUGAGGGACCAGUGUGGGGGCCAACGUGGGGUCCUGAGGAACCAGUGUGGGGGCCAACGUGGGGACCUGAGGAACCUGAGUGGGGACCUGAGUGGGGACCAGUGUGGGGGCCUGUGUAGGGACCAGUGUGGGGACCUGAGGGUCCUGUGUGGGGACCAGUGUAUCUUUGGAGUCUUUUUAUUUUUUGUAAUGACACUUGAUAUGUGGAAGCAGGGGACGGAACUGAUAGGAGUUAUACCCACCUGAAGGUCUCCUUCACAGAUACUGCCAUGUUCUGGGUUCAGGAGCUCACCUUACUGCUCUACCGUUCUGCUUGCAUGAGCGUAACCACUGAUAUUUAUUAAGGUUCCCACAAGCCGGACAAGGGAAGACGCUUGAUUCCUACAACUGUUAUUAGCAACGUUUUACAAAAAUAGAUGCUGGAAGCUCCACUUGUUUUUUGUUUUGUCAGCCUCACUGCAGAUUUUAUUAAAGACCCGGUGGCUCCUAUUAUGCAUAUCUCUUUCUUUAUUACUCUCAGCAGCAAAGAACAGAGAUGAAUAAAUAACUGAAAUGAACAAAAAAAAAUACAGUGCUCAAGCAACCAAUAACAUAACACAGGAAGUGACUAUAACAUACUUGAUGCACCCACAAUCCCCCUCUUUCUUUGCUGCUCUCAGACCAGUUAAGUACAUACUUUUCAUGCUCUGUGUUUAGCAGUACUUUAUGACAUUUGUGAUUACUUUUAUUUCAAUUGCUUGCUCCUUUUAUAGCUUCUCUGGCUUAUUAGGAGCCUUGCUACUGGCAUUUGUAUUUAUUCCCUGUGGUGUGCUCCUCUGGCUCCCCCUUUUCACCGCACUCGGCGUUACCGCCGUCCAUCCUACCCCUCCUCCCCCCGUUCCUGAACGGGUACACUCUGGUGAGCCUCCGCUUAGCUCGGCUGCAGCUCCCAAGCGUGUGAAGGUCGGGCCGCACAGCUCUUGCGCGCGCGUGCUCCAUCCCCCAGCGGUUUCCUGGCCGUCUCACCUCCCUGCACGUGUGGCGGCCAUUUUACAUCCUCCCAGCCUCGUUUCUCGGCUGGGACGACGUCCAGACCCUUACUUGUUCUCCCUUCCCUGGACACACCACUCCAUAGGUGUAUAUAUUAGUAUCUUAAUUCGGUUUUAUUCAUGCUUAUGAGCUAUAUAUAUGUUAUGAAUAGUUCUAUGUGUAUUUGUAUCACUUGUACUUUUUUUCUACCAUCUACUGCACUGUUCCUUGUGGGUUAUUAAACCCUAUUUUCCUUUUCUGCUGUAUACUUCUCUUUACAUUUUAUUACAGAUAGAUUGUCUUACUGCCCAUAUUUUUUCUUCAGUAACUGCAACCAUGCAGGAUAAGCAUGAUGGGCCUGAGGGCCACAUUGAUGAGUUUUCUCAGGGAGCCCCUGAGGGGCAAAUUGUAGCUGAGGAGUUCCAAGCCCUGCUGGACUCCAGCAUGGCGUCUUCUCUACAGAGAGCACUUGCCUCCGCUAUGGGGGCAAUGUCCUCCUCAUUUUUCACAAACUCUGGUGCAAUCCCUCUUAUUGCCCCAGGUGGCUACCCCUACCCUACAGGGAGCGGGUCCUUCCUCUACCCCCACCUCGCUUGAACCCCGUAAGGCCACGCGAAGAUCAAGCACCUCUCCUCCCACUCGAUGUCGCAGGUUAUACCUGCCUAGACGGACUCGCCUCAGGUGGUCACAGAUGGCGCGCUACCACCACGCAAAAGAGCCCCUGGUCGGGCAAAAACAACCAGAUUAUGGAAACGGGCUAGAUCCCGUGUUGAAAGGUCAAAGAGCGACAGGAGUGAGGAGGAUGAAUCCGAGGAGAGGGAAUAUGCCUUUUACAAUGAGGCCGGCUCGGAGGCGGGAGCUCCCCCUGUCGUACCGUCCCGUACUGGGGGCGCUAUUUCUGCCCAGGGUGUUGCUCCCCAGGGAGUGAGCGGUGGCUCAACGCUUCUGGAUCCGCAGGGCAACCCCUUGUUUGAUUCAAAUGUCAUCCUCGCUCAGCUGAGUGGGAACCCCCGGAGCAUAUUGCCCGUUAUAUUGUGCACAGAAUGCGCAUGCCACUUUCCAAGGAGGGACGCAGUAAACUGCGGGCUGAAUGCCCUAGACCCUCAGUGCCAGGAUCGGCGUGCAAGACACCCGAAGUCAAUCGGCAAAUCACACAAUUUCUCAAUAAAUCGGUCUGGAAACCGAAAAAAGGCCUAGAUUUUUCUCUGAGGAGCUGUCAGAACAAAAUAAUGGACACUCUUGGUCCACUGUCAAAGGCCUAUGAAAUGCUAGACUCCGCCAAUUCGGGCGAUUUAGACCUUGACCUAGAUGUGGUAAUUGGCUGGGUGCAACGUGCCAUUUGUCUGCUCGGCAAUGCCAAUAUGGCCGUGUCUGCCGAACGCAGGAAAGCUAUCCUGUUCAAAAUUGAUCCGAAACUGGCUACCAUGGCUGAACCAGGUCCCUCGGCCGACAAUUUUGUCAAAGACUUAGGGUCAUAUGUGAAGACUUUCACUGCCAUUGACAAAGCCCAAGCCAAUCUGAAGAGUGUGUUUUCCCCUAGAGUUUUUGGAGGGGCUGGGCGCAACAGGAGCCGUCCACCCGGCCGCGGUUUCAGGGGUUUGUUUUGAGCCCAGAGAGGCUGCUUCUUCCCCUCAAGAACUUCCCAGGAGCCCAGAACAGCUCCUUUCUUCCCAUCCAGAGGGAGGUCCUGGAACCCCCGCUAUCCGAGAGGUGCAACUUCGGGCAGACGCCCUUAUGGUGAGUACCCCUUUUUUCCCUUAUAUUCAAGAGCGGGUGGCGGGCAGGUUAGCACAGUUUUAAGAGGCGUGGGCUGCACUGACGACAGAUGCUUGGAUUCUCCAAACGGUAAAGGGUUACCAUAUAGACUUUGUGUCCAUGCCUGUCCAGUUUUCUAUCCCCAGGGAACUGUCUCUCGCUCGAGACCAGGAAGAACUGAUCUCCUCGGAGAUCCUGGAACUUUUCACCAAAGGUGCGAUCCAAGAGGUCCCGUUCACUCACUCAGGGUUUACGAGCAACCUCUUUUUGGUCCCGAAGAAAGGAGGAGGUGUGUGUCCAGUCAUCAACCUUCGCCCCCUCAGUAUCGACACUUCCAGAUGAAAGGCAUCCAUUGUCUUUGGGACCUCCUACAAGAGUCCGACUGGCUGGCCAAACUGGAUCUGAAAGACGCCUAUUUUACGGUUCCCAUAACCGAGGAACACAGAGAUUUUCUCCAGUUCACUUGGAGAGGAAGACGGUGGAAAUGUACAUUUUUGCCGUUCGGGCUCUCCUCGUCCCCUUGGUGUUUCACCAAGGUCAUGAAGCCGGUGGUGUCCUUCCUCCGAAGCCGUGGAGUACGUCUUAUCUAUUUGGACGACAUCCUGCUGAUGGCUCAAUCAAGAGAUCAAUUGAACCUACAUGUCACAUGGACAACGUCUUUACUCCAGAACCUGGGUUUCCUAAUCAGUUGGGAAAAGUCGGUGUUGAACCCCACUCAGUCAAUAGAAUUCCUGGGGUUUACACUAGAUUCCCUCAGACAGUUCCUGUUUCUUCCAGAGGCCAUCAAGAAAGAAAUCUAGCAAACGUUACGCGCAGAUGAUCUCUCUCUCCGCCAUCUGGCAAGAGUGAUCGGCCUUCUGGUCGCCUCGAUCCAGGCAAUAUUUCCUGGACCACUCCAUUAUUGGGCCCUACAGCGACUGAAGGGCUCUCACCUGCGUGCAGGCCAAUCUUACGAAAUGAGAGUGAGUCUGGAUGAAGAGUCCAGAGAUGAGCUGACCUGGUAGCUGGCUCACAUGGAUGACUGGAACGGAAGAGUCAUAUUCGGAUCCAUCCCAGACGUAAUGAUAGAAUCAGAUGCCAGCUUGCACGGCUGGGGUGCACGUUGUGGCACCGCGUCCACUGGGGGACGAUGGUUGGACCAAGAGCAGACACUCCAUAUCAACUGCCUGGAACUACUGGCAGGAGCAUUCGCAGUUCGCAGCCUGACACCCGAACGUGCGAAUUGUUGCUUGAUGUUCAGGAUGGACAACGUGUCGGCGGUGUGUUACAUCAACCGCUUAGGAGGCACGAAAUUGCGCAUGUUAGCUCUCAUGGCGAAAGACUUCUGGCAGUUCUGCCUUCAUAAAAACAUUUCUGUACAAGCAGAACAAUUUGACGGCCUAGACAAUUUGAUGGCCGAUUGGAAUUCACGCUACUUAAGAGACUCUGGAGACUGGCACUUACAUGCUGCGGCGUUCAAGGGAUUGGAUCGGGUAUGGGGCCCAUUCCAGAUGGACCUCUUCGCAUCCCCUCUCAACACACAGGUGCCCAAAUUCUUCAGUUGGAGGCCAGACCCACAGCAGUGGCGACAGCUGCAUUCCUUCAAGAGUGGCCGAAUGCUCGAUUAUACGCUUUUCCACUGCUCAAUCUGAUAGCUUGCACGCUUUUGAAACUGACUCGACACGGCUGCUCAAUGGUGUUGAUCGCACCUCUGUGGCGGUCACGGCCAUGGUUCCCUCGGUUACUGGAACUGACAGCAGAUUAUCCACGACUGAUACCAACCUUCCAGAAUCUCCUGAGGGAUCCGGAUGCCAACUCGCACGAGUUAGUGGAUCGCGGCCUUCUACAUCUUAUGGCGGGGACCCUGGACCAGCGCGGGAGUUCCGCAGUUAACUCUCGACUUCCUUGACAAUGCAUGGGCACCAGGUACUAGAGUGGCUUACCGAUCCACCUGGCGAAUCUGGUCUAGUUGGUGCAUAGGACGGACAGUGGAUCCCGUAUCUGCCCCUCUGCAUAUGAUCAUGGAAUUCCUUACUGAGAUGUUUGAAUCUGGGAAAGCUUACCGCACCAUUAAUCUAUGUCGAUCGGCUAUCUCUGCUGGACAUCAGGGUUUGGAUGGAUCGCCUGUGGGGCGUCAUCCUUUCGUAUGCCGACUACUCAAAGGGAUGCGUCUCGCUAGACCACCCUGUGCUAGGUUCACUGCCUUUUGGGACGUGAAUGUAGUCUUACAGUUUUUAUCAUCUUGGUACCCAAAUCAAGAUCUGACAUUGAAACAAAUAUCGCUAAGGUGGUCAUGCUGUUAUGUCUGAUCUCUUGUAAGAGGGUUUUGGAUGUUCGAACACUUGACUGGAAUGCCAUUACGUUCACACCAGAAGGCAUCUCCUUUAACAUUUCCAGAAGGACUAAGUCGGCUUCAAAAGUGUUCGUUUACCCUAGGUUCCAGACUAAUCCUACACUCUGUCCGGUAGAGUGCCAUAAAAACCUACCUGGAGGCUACUCGAACGUUACGCUCUCCGGAUUUGUGCCCAUUAUUUAUUUUGUAUCGCGCCCCACACCUUCCUGUAUCUACCCCUUCACUGGCAAGGUGGGUACGAGAGGUAUUGACAUUAGCUGGGAUCGACACGUCCAUAUUCACCCCCCAUUCAGUCCGUGGGGUAUAUUCUACAUGCGGCAGACUGGUCACGGGAAUCGACUUUUCAAGACUUUUUUGUUUCUGGCCGAUUGAUCAUUUUGCAUCUCAGGUGGUUUCUGAGCUUUAAACUUGCAUAAUAGGAGCCUCCGUGUCUUUAAUAAAAUUCCCAGAUUUUACUAUUAACAUGAGGUAAAGUCAUGAUUUUAUUAAAGACACGGAGGCGAGUAUUAUUCACACCCACCCACCCAGUUGUGGUUGGAAAUAAGUCGAUAUGAUUGCUAGAUCUGGUAAGUUCUCUAUUUGAAGUUUUCAUAUAUUUCAUUAUCUGACAUUAUAUGUGUUGAUGAACUAUGUUUAUACUAUCGUUUUGAGUAUUUGAAUGUUUAAGAGGUUAAGAGAUGGACUUGACUUAAAUGGAUUAAUUGAUUGUCAUUAUACGCAAACAGUUUGGAACCCGGAUAUUACCAUGUAUUUUCUAUGUCUCCUCCUAGCCUGAAUUCUCGUGUUUUUCCAUAAUGUAGUUUUCUACAUGCUGGUCUUCGUUAUCCACAAGAAAGAGGGGGAUUGUGGGUGCAUCAAGCAUGUUAUAGUCACUUCCUGUGUUAUGUGAUUGGUUGCUUGAGCAUUGUAUAUUUUUUUUUUUUUUUUGUUCAUUUCAGUUAUUUAUUCAUCUCUGUUCUUUGCUGCUGAGAGUAAUAAAGAAAGAGAAAUGCAUAAUACUCGCCUCCGUGUCUUUAAUAAAAUCAUGACUUUACGUCAUGUUAAUAGUAAAAUCUGGGAAUUAUCAGACAAAGUAUCCUACUUUUUCUGAUGAUGGCUUUUGUUGGAAUGUGACAAUCAGCAUACACUUUGUUUUUUAAUUGUGUCAAACAGAAUUUAGCCUAUGUUCUGCCGUUCCGCUCUUAAUAUGUGAGAAACCGGGGUUUAGUAAAUAUACCCACUGUUCCAAAGUUCUUUCGGGUUUGUUAAUAUUAACAUUGACUCUUGUUUAUUUCUUUUCUAGCUGGGAUGAGACCCACUUUGGAAAGAUGGGAAGUUAUUACAUAAACAGAACAUUUUUCUUUGAUGUUCACCCUCCAUUAGGAAAGGUGAGAUUAUUUUGAGAUUCCUCCAGUUACCUGGAAGUGUUGGCUUUAUGUUGUAUAGCAACUAUUACUACGAUUUCCUGUAAGCCCCUUGCGAUGCAACUUAUUUAGGCUGCAUUUAGAAAACAAUUCAGCAUGCACUUAUUUUUUUUUUGUCACAAUUGUCGUUCAUUGGCAUGUUUCUUUCUGAAUCUCUUGAUUUACUUUAUAAGAGUAAACGUAAACAUAAUUAUAACAAUGCUAUAAUGGCACAGCAUUAACAUGGCUGCUGGUCUGUUUUAUCACUAUACCCAGCAUUAUGAGAGUACUGAGUACUCUGUUGUACUUGGGGCUGUGUUGAAGUGGGUUACACAUAAUUUUAUAAUCUUGCAUCAUUACAGCAAAACUGAGGGGUAGGCUUAGGAGAAGACCCUUUGUAAGAGGGUACCUCUCUUCAAGGUGCUAUUAAGUGUAAUUCCCAUCACUCUGAGCCCAGCUUCAACACAUCUACACUGCUAACAUUGUUGUCAUUCCUUAUGAACCCACACAGGGCUCUAGGUUCAUCAGGCAAAGGACAUUGGCCAUUUCUCUGUGUGUUUAACUACAGACAUCCAUUGUAAACAUUUAAUAAUGCUUGUAUGUUUCUUCAUUUUGGAAAAGAAUUUCUGGCAUAACACAUAAUUAAUGUAGCCAUAUAGAGUAUAGUUUGUACCAGAAAAAGCACUUUUCAUGGAUAUUUUCUACUGAACCUCAUAUAUUCCAUGAAACAAGAAGAUAGAUAUAUUUAUUUUAAUUUGGAUUCCUUUGAUUUUCAUGAGGUUAUUAUAGCCAGUCCUGGGACAUUAUGCCAUUCAGUGCCCUGCUGGGACACACACUUUACAUUUAGAUGAUUUUUAUCGUAUCUCGUCGUGCAUCCUUAGUGUUUAUUAUUGCCGUAGUGUUGGAGAUGCCAACAUAACUUCAAAUAUUCAUUGCCUGAUCAUAUCUAGUUAAGAUGCAAAAUGUUUGUACCUUACCUAAAAUGUCUAUUCUACAUGAAUUACUGCAGCUGAAACCAACACAAUGAACUGUCUCCUAUCUCACCAGAUGCUGAUUGGAUUUGCUGGACACCUCAGUGGGUACAAUGGGUCCUUUUCUUUCCUGAGGCCUGGCCAGAGUUAUGGCACUCACAACUACUUGGGAAUGAGAGGGGUGAGUGUCCGCUGAAUGCAAGAUGGUUUAGUGCAAACAGGGUCUAUAUUAGUGCCCGCUGAGCAAUAGAUGGAUGAAUGUUAUUAAGUAUCUGACAUACUCUGUGCUAUCUACGCAGUUCUAAAUAUACUGUGUUCUUCUCCAUCGUCAUGUAACUUCAUUUUAAAAUAUAUAUAUUUAUUUUUUUAAACUAGGAAAAAAAAAAUAUCACAAACAUAAUUACAUAUAAACCUCCCAGAAAUCAUGAUUAUGUAAGGAAUAACCAGGGUAUUCAGAGUAUUACCCUCUAGUCUGUAACUAAGAUAACUGUAUGUGUUAUGGCUACUUGGCUUUUGGAACUUCUAAGCUGGCCUAAGAACCCAUAUGCAGUAAUAUAUGCCAGCUCCUGUCCUGUUUUAGCUAUACUUUCUAAGUGCAGUAAUGAUUGCGAGUUAUUGAUCAGACAUUGUCCCCACCACAGUUCUGUGCCUUCCUGGGAUCUUGGCUUCCUCCAUUUGCCUUCCUCAUUGUCCUGGAACUAUCAAGGUCACUCCCUGCAGCAGCACUCGCUGCGUGCCUGAUUAUUUUGGGUAAGCUGGAUUCUGUUCUCUUUUUGAAGUUCUGUGGUACAGCAACUAUUUACUUGCAAUGCGUUGGGAUUACAAUUAGAGACAUACGCAGGGGUUGAGAAAACUCAACAUACCUAUUGCUGUAUGGCCAGAAUAAUAUUAAUUAGACAUCUAGUAUCCACACUCUGUUAAACUAGUUUGACAAAUCAUAUGCAAAUAUGCCCUCUUUCCCCAAAAAAGCAAACAAAAAUAAUUAUAUUGUAUUGACCAGAAAAUAGUUUGUAUAAGUUGUUGAAAGCUGGACACCUUUUUUGGAGAAGGAGGAUAUAAGAUGGAGCGGUAAAUGGUACCUCCACACAAUACCUUAAAAGGUAAAUGGUACCUCCACACAAUACCUUAAAAGUGACCGUAGUGCAGUAACUGACAGAGAGUCUGCAUUCACAUGAGUAUACAUACUAGUUUUUUUUAAUUAUUAGGAUAUAUUAAAAUGCAUAAAGCAUGAAUUCACACAUGCAGCGCAAUACAUUAGAAAUAAAAUACAAGUGCAUUUAAUUGAAGGCAUGACAUGGCUUAGAAGGCCCAUGGUAUUUUCAGGUGUGACUCUUGUUUUUCAUUUCACUACCUGGCAAUCAACCACCAAUGUGUAGUAGGAAACACAAAGAUCAUUUUCUCAGUAUAACUGCAAAGUUGCUGUAUGAUUCAAUAUUCAGUGGUUUUGGCAACUCUGGCUAGAGACUUAGGACAAGAACAGUGUGUGGUGUUUUGCUGUAUGAGGUAUAUAUGUCCAGUGGGUUCAUCGUCAUCCUUGGGGAAUUCAAUGCCAUGCUUUGUGUGUUGGAUGACAUAGAUGUUCAUGCCACAUAUUAUUAGUACUCCAUGGGCAAUUCAUAGUGAGUCAUGCUCUUUGUGCUUGAUUAUAUAUGGGUUCAUGCCACACUGCCCCUACUGACACUAUAUAGGCUUAUGUUGCACGUGAGGUUCUACAUAGUUAAUCAGAUCACAGAUUACUUAUCUUCCUUGGUUUAGGAAUGGAUUCAUUUUCUUGUGGGGUAUAUGAGGUCAUGGUCAAUGUUCUGAGUGAGAUAUGUGUACAUAGUGUGUGGGCCUUUAUUUCAGUAUACUGUGUCUUUUCUCAGAUACUGGAUGCCUCACCUUGUCCCAGUACAUCUUGCUGGACCCUAUCCUGAUGUUCUUUAUCAUGGGAGCAGUACUGUGUAUGAUCAAAUUUCACUCACACUCCUCUAGGUAAGCUAUCCUUGGUAGUUUAAACCAUGUGGAUUUAACCUUCUAAAUCCUGUUUAACAUAUUUCACAUCCUUUCACCCAUACUCUUAUCAGGCCUUUCAGCUCCCUAUGGUGGCUGUGGCUGAGUCUCACUGGAGUAAAUUUGGCUGGAGCUCUGGGGGUGAAAUUUGUUGGACUCUUUGUGGUAGUGUUGGUUGGUCUCAAUACAGUCCGUGACCUUUGGAAGAUGUUGGGAGACCUCAGUCUGUCUUUGGUAAGUACCUUUUCAGAAUGUCAAAUUGGUUAUUCUUAUUCUUGCUCAUACAUGUGUUCAACUAAUUUUUAAAUUAGUUAAAUCUGACCACACAACAAGGAUACAACCAGCUUCAAAUUAUUUGAUAGUUCUGAUGUUGAGGAAACAAGUUUUGGCUAUUCUGUGCUGUUUUAUGAAGCAUUUGGUUGAAAAGCUAGACUCUGAAUGCUUCUUUUGCAUCUCAUUAUGUCUUUCUCAUUCAACAGGAGGUGAUUUUCCAGCACUUCGCAGCACGGGUUCUUUGUCUGAUUUUGCUCCCACUUACUCUCUAUGUGCUGUUUUUUGCCGUACAUUUCACUGUGCUCAAUCAAAGGUAUCCUAGUUUAACUAUUCAGUGCUACUGACUUUAUUCGUAGAUUUGUGACUGUCAUGGGCCGCGUACUGUGUUAGAAUCCUGAGGUUUAAAUAUAUUAAUAUUACCAUGUUCUUUUCACUUUGACUAUUUCCAUUGCUAGGAACUCAUUCUCCUUCUUUUAUUCUAUCUCGUAGUGGCCCUGGAGAUGGAUUUUUCAGUUCUGCUUUCCAGUCAAGACUGAUUGGUAACAACUUACACAGUGCAUCUAUGCCAGAGCGUGAGUAUAGAGACUCCUAAUAAUGGGUGAUGAAGAGAAUGUGAUCUGGAUUUUGGUAGUAACAAGAUCUGCAUAAAAGGUGUAGAGGAAUUACGGGAUCUGUACUAUAGUGCGGGAGCAUGACGAUGAUUGUCAUGGUCAAGAGGGUUAACAAUGUCUGUGCCAAGGCUUGAGAGUGUACAGCACGAUCUGUGUCUAGUGUGAAGGUAGAUAAUUGAUUCUGCAUUGUGGUAGGUGGGAGGUAACAUGCUAUAAAUGAAUUGUAAUCAGGGUUUGUAUGAUAUGGGAUCAGUGUAACAGGGUCUUGAUAAAGGUUAAUCUAAAUAUCUGAAUGAUGGAUAUAGGUUUCCUGUUCGAGAACUCUGUCAUGCUUAAUGUCUUCCCAAGAGUUCUGGAGGAUUUAUGUGUUAACAUACGCUUAAAGGAAUGCUUUGGGCACCAAUACAAAUUGAAUACAUUUGAUAGGUUUUGGCAUUAUUAAUAUUCUGUAUUUUUAUUGUAUGCUCAAAUUGUUAUAGUUUUGUGCACAUAAAAUAUCUUGCAUAAUGUCAUUCCACAAUAUGCCCUAUCACUCCAGAAGGUAUUUCCUUUGCAAUUCUAUGUACAUAGCUCAGCCAUUAACAACAAUGAGUGAUAUGAACUAUAAAGCAACUUGCAUUAGAAGGAGAGGUCACCAAGAGACACAGACAGUAAGGAUAUCACUACCCGUGUGUAGUUUCUGUAACUAUUUGCAGCAGGGUUGUGAAUAAAACCGUUCACUCAGUGCUAUUAGGGGGCUGCACUGUGUACAUACAUUUCAUAAGGAAGUCUUUCUGGCAUGAGGUGUUGUGGCUAAAGAGCGGAUUCUGGUGCAGCAUUCUGCAAAGUAUUUAUUUUUUUGCAAAAUCUAUAUUGGAACUUGCAAAACAUACAGCAUAUAAAUGAGAUCAAAUACUAAUAGAUUAAAGUUUUAUAGGUGACAUAAGUGUUACUUCAACUCAUUCUCUAGCAGUUGUUCAUAUGAGAGCUACCAACACACAUUCCAUUAUAUCAUUCUGUGUAGGAGAGAAAUUUAAAUCUGAUUUCAACUCAGAAAAAAGUUUUAUAAAACCGUUAUACUUAUUUUGUUUGUCUCUAAGGCUUCUGCUGUUGUCCAGCUUCCAUGCUAGAUGUUAUGUGUUUACAAUGAAUUGUGAGGAAUGUAAGUGUAGGAAGUAAAAUAAAAAAUAACUCCACAUUUCACAAGAAUUUCAAUAAAAGUUUGUUAAUAUUAUCCUCAUGAUCAAUGUCACUUUUGUCCAAUCUAGUCGUAAUACGCACAGGCCAGGGUUUCACAUUAAGCAGAAUAGGUACCUACACUUCCUGUUACAUUCUGUGCUUUGCUGUCUUCCCAGACAGUAAAUACCCACUUUGAAGGACUCUGUGAGCACUAUAUUAAGUCUGCAGGAAACUCUGCAUGGCCCUGCCCCCUCAGACUUAAAGGGACACUCGACUGACUAAAUACAAAAAAGUAAAAAUCAUUAUUUAGAAGAUAUACCCCAAAUUAAAACAUGCAUGCAUUUUAAUAUGCAUUUUUGUUAAUUGGGGUAGAUCUAAAAUUAACUUGCAAAAGCUGCAAAUCUCUUGUCUGAAACCUUUGCAAGCCCUCCUCCUCUUACCCAGCCUAGAUGUUAUGUGGCUGUCCAAUCGGACUUCCCAAUGCAGUUAAGUGAGAAGUCUUUGCAAAGCAGUUUUUCUGAGCAGUUGGCUGCCUCUUGAGCUAAACAACUAGGAAGUAGCAGGGUAGGCUAUCUGUCAGCCAGUGGGGUUUAACACGAUUCAUUUAUUUAUUGUAAAAUAAAAAAGACACACUAUUUACACAUAAAGCACUUCAGCUAGCUUAAGUGCUUUAGGGGUCUGGGGUGUCCCUUUUAAAACUAUGAUCUCUAGCAUAAAGGAUGGAGAAGUUAGGGCGACAGUGGCCACCUCAUAUAGAGCCUCCCACAGGUCCUUAUAGUAUACACUACUACCCACACUAUUACAUACACAGCUAUAGCUCCUGACUGAUUCCUCUUCUGCAACUGUCACUAGUCUAAUACUAUCCUUACCUUUUUGUGUCAUUUUACCCCACUUCCUCUAGCAUGUAAGCUCAUUGAGCACAGCCCUCAACCCCUCUAUUCCUGUGUGUCCAACUUGUCUGGUUACAACUACAUGUCUGUUCGUCCACCCAUUGUAAAGCGCUGCGGAAUUUGACGGUGCUCUAUAAAUAUCAUCAUCAUAAUAAUAAUACAGUACUACACUCACUGCUAGACCUGCUGCUACUCACAUCAAUACUGUUACACACACUAUUACACAGACAAAUACAUACACACAGAUAUAUGCACUCACACAGACCCAUUCACACCCUCUAUAUGUAUGUAUGUGUGUGUACAAUAUUUUCUCAUCUUCUAUAAAUAAGGGUUUUUUGUUGGGGGGAGAAGGUUAGAGUAAAAGAGUGGGGAGUUUGGGAGCACCAAAGAUAUCUUUGCCUAGAGGCACCUGUAGUAUAAAUCACUCCUUGCAUACAGAUAACCCAGCACUCUCAGCCAAUCACUACUGUUCAGGUUGUACAAAGUGUCAGAAUAUUUAUUUAACUUUAGUUGAUACAAUUUUAGGAUUGGCUACAGGCAUUUUCUUUUCUAACUAUCUCUCUCUGGAUCUUUAAAUCUUGCAAUACAGUUCCGAUAUGGCUGUUGACUCUCUGACAGGUCUUGAAUUGAUAAUUGUAGCAACAUUUUGGAUAUUUUGGUUAGCUGGAAUUACAAAUUACUUUAGGGAAAUUAUUUUAAAUGUUUUUUACAUUGAAACUUACUUUACACAAAUAAGUUGUUUUUAUGUAGUAUUUGUGCAUACUGGAUUUUUCUAAAUAAUUUACAUGUUACAUCUCACAAUGUGAAACCAGACCUCUGGUGGUAAUUUUUGUAAAAAAAAAAAAAAAAAAAAAAAUUGGCAACUUACCUUGUGCUAAAGGGUUAAUCGGUUUGCUUGUGAUUAAAGGUCCUUGCUAAGUGACAGUUGCACAAGAUGUGAAUAAUAGAAUGUUACUGAAUAAUCAACAUUGCAAAGAGGGAUUUGAUUUGACAAGCAUGCCUUCAACAGAUCUGGCUUAUGGUUCGGUCAUCACAAUGAAGAGCCUUCGCACAGCUGCUGGAUAUCUGCAUUCACAUGGCCAUCUGUACCCUGAGGGGGUAGGGGCACGCCAGCAACAAGUCAGUAAUUCUCCCCAUUCUUUCAUAAUGUGACUGUCUGGCGGUUUAUAUGUGUUUUAAUUGCUUCUACACGUUUUCCAGGUAACUACAUAUUCACAUAAAGACCACAACAAUCUGUGGAUCAUAAAGCGACAUGAUCAGGAUUAUGGUACGUUUUAUCUGUUUCAGUGACUUAACGCUGUUAUUUAGUUCAGUAAGAUUUAUAGCAGUCAGUGGAUUGUACAAUGAUCUGUCUUCUAAUAUUCUUUUCAGAUCCAGCAGCGCCAGUAGAGUUUGUGCGCCAUGGUGACAUCAUCCGCCUGGAACACAGAGAGUGAGUUUUUGUCAGGGAUAGCUUCUCGUGUCUGUCAGGUGACUAACAACAAAUAGAUUUAUUUUUGUGAAGCUUAUUGUGGAAAAUCCAGACCAAAGAAUAAGCUGAAACAUUAAAUAUAUAAAUUAACAUUGCAAGAAUUGCACUGCAGAAUUGUGCUUCUCCUAUCAUUUAUUUUGAUGUGUUGUUAGUCACUCGAAUAAAUGGUUCUCGAGCCCUUCAAUUCCCAAUAUAGAUCCCUUAUGGUGACAUUAUCAUUAACCAUGUGUUUAAGACAUGCCUUUUAUCUAAAUGCCUUAAUAAUGUCUGAUUAUUGCCAAUUUGCUAUGUUUUUGAACAAUUUAUUCCUGUUUCUGCCUAAAAUGGACUGUGGAUCAAGGUACAACCUCUCACCUGUUUCUCAUUGGGGUACUCACCAGUUAUGUUAAGAUGUUUGUCUUCUAGUGGUACAGGCAGCCAUCUUCCUCUUUCCUGGGAUACAGUCUAAGCUAUUUUUUGAUUAUUUAUCCUUUUAUCCCAAACCAAUUCAGGUUAUCAUCCCAUCUCUGUGUUCUCCACUUGGUUUACUAUUGCCUGUUUCUUUUUUUCUCAUGCAUUAAUGAACACUUCAUGCCAUUACUGUAUCUUAGGACCAGGCGGAACCUACACAGCCACCAGCGGGAGGCACCACUCAGCAAAAAACAUCUGCAGGUGUCUGCGUAUGGAACGGUAAGAGUCCCGGGCGGUGUGGGAGGAGUAAAACAAGUUACAGUUGUAACUCCAUUAUAUGAAGUGUGUUUGUUUUACAGAAUAAAUGAAACAUUUUUUAACAUGAUAUGUAUAGCGAUACUGUUCCAAAUAUUCAGAAAAAAGAACAUUUGCUUUCCAAUGAUACUGCAUUGUUGCCUUCAGUUAGUUGAAACUGUCUCAUUUAAUUUCUAACCAUUGCUUAAAAACUCAGUAAUGCCAGUGACUAUGAUGGAAUGAAAACUCUUACUAUUCUGUACCAGGGUGUAAAAUAUUGGUUUUCAGUGCUGAGAUGGUGUAUAAAAUGAGGAAUAUUUACAGGGGUUAUAAAAGAUAACAUUAAAUAUCUUGCUGAUCAACUAAAGUUCAUAGAAUGAGCUGGUUAUUUCACCAGGUUUAGGGAAGGACCCUCUGUAUCUUUUGUAUUGGUCUGUGUGUAUUUUGUACUGUCAUUUUUUCCAAUUGUACAGCGCUGCGGAAUAUGUUGGCACCUUAUAAAUGAGGUAACAAUAAUAUUACUUGCUGGCGCUCUCAGCCAAUGAACUAAUCCAUGCACAGCUGGGCUUAACUCAGUGCUGCAGCGGUGCCUGGCCGACCCCCUGAUAUGUUGUUAAACUAUUCGCAAACUGUUUGGCUACUUAUAAUGGGAGGGCUUUUGAGUAUUCCUUUGAAUUUGAUGUAUAGGAAAAGUGUCUUUUGCAAUCAUUUUCUAGCUUAUUUGUGUUUUUUGUAUAAAAGUAUUCUAAUCUACUUUUUUUGGUCAUAUAGUUGGAGUAAUGUUUCUCAUUUUUAUUUGAAUAAUUUUUUUUUUUCAAUUAGCACAUUUAUAUUCUUAUUAUAAAAUGCUAAUUAAUUAUAUACGCAAAUGGACUGUUGUGCAGACCCCACAUAUCAAAAACCUGUCCUUGACACAAAGUCUGUUUGUGUUCUGUGCUUAUUUACAUAUUUGCAUUCUGGGAAAGACUUGUUACCAGUCUCGGGAUAUUAUUUUGUUGGGGAGCCUGACCAGUUAGAUGCUACAUUCUCAUUGUCACAGAAUGGGACAGGGGAUUCUAAUGACUACUGGAGAAUUGAGGCGAUUGGAGGCAGCGACAAAGUGAAGGUUCUACGCAGCCAGAUUCGACUCCAGCACUUAUUAACAGGCUGUUUGCUUGGUUCAACUGGAAAAGCUUUGCCCAAAUGGUAAGACCCAACCUCCUUUACCCAAAUGAUAAGACCCACCCUCAUUUGUAUAACUGGUAAGACCCUUUUUCUUUUUUUUUUUUUUUUGUCAAUCUCUUUUUAUUGAAAUUUGUUUUGUUUUUUUAUCGUACCCAUGCGGGUCUUGAAACACAAUAAACAUACAGUACACUUAUUCAUAUAUUGCAAUAUAAGGUGAUCAACAGUGUGUGAACAUUAGUUAGUCACAGAAGGUGUGGACCAGCAUUGGCACAGUAUCAGGAGUGUGUGAACUGCUCCGGGAGAAAGGCUGUAUGGUAGGGAUGGGCUUACAUGCAACCCUGUCGGGUUGUAGAGUUAUGGCCUUCUUCAAAACGAACCCCUAGUCCGAGAGGACCUCGGUGGGGGGGGGACUGGAUAUGCGGCCGCUCUUUUUGGAUGGGGGAACAAAUAACUGGGUAUGGCUCAAGGCUAACUGAAAAAACAUCGUCUUUAGCUGAACAGUGCGUGUCUUGGUUGUUGAUGCCUCUGCGGCUCUUGGGGGAGUCAGGCCUCCGGUGUGGAUCGUUGGUUGGUGUCUUGCAUGGGUGCUGGAAGGCCCAGUGCCUGACAGAAUGCCGGGAACUCUGUAAGUGUGGAGAGUUUAUAGACAGUUCCGUUAUGUGUGACCACCAGGAAUCUGGGAGAUCUCCAGUGGUAUUCUAUCCCCGCUUCUCUGAGGGUGCUGGUGACUUGGUUCAGCGAUCUUCGCCAUUGAAGCGUGGAUCUGGUGAGGUCUUGGUAAAUGGUGAGCCGUGCGCCCUCAAAGUUUAGUGGCGUCUUGCCCCGAAGAGCCGUCAUCAGGACUCUCUUGUCUUGGGAAGUGGCACAGCGUACAAUCACAUCUCUGACCAUGUUUGGGGUUGUUCUGCCUGAGGGUGGUAGGCGGUACAUCCCGUCUGUGUUAAAUUUUUUAGCAUGCGUUGGCGGCAGGAUGGCGGCCACGAGGCGCCUCAAAUAGUGAGGCAAUUCAUCUGAUGUGAUGGCGUCUGGCACUCCCCUGAUCUUAAUGUGGUUUCGUCUUGUCCUGUCAUCGAGGGCAAUAUAGUGGAGAGAAAGUGCUUGUUGUUGGGCCUGUAGGGCCAGUACAGAGUCCUGUAAGGUUGCUAAUCCCAGCUUGAUGCCAGAGACAUCCUUCUCCGUGGACUGCACCCUGUCAGCGAUAGCCUUCACAUCUGUUUUAAUGGCUGCUAUGCUGGUUGCCAAGAGGUUUUUGAUUUCCCCAAUUAGGUGUUGAAAGUCCCGCUGGGUGACUGGGGCAGACCCAUCUGGAAUCCCCAUGGGCGUUUGUGGCCUUUCUGGCGACAGGUCAGGCAGUAUAGGGUCUUUUGGUACCUGUAUGGUAUCAUGUUCCGCUGUUCCCGCCAUUUUGGCCGGCGGCCGUUGUUGUUGCAGCAUGGUACCCAUGUCCCUGGAUGGCGUCUCCGGUGAAGGUUUUUGGGACCGGCGGCCCAUUGCUACCUGGGUGGUUGGGAGUGCUGUGGGGAGGUCUUCCACGUCUGGGUCCCCUGGUUGUUCAAGUCUGCCCAGGAGCGCCGACCAGUCGAGGGCUCCUGCGGGCUUGUAGGCCGCGGGUCUGCGCUUUCGUCGGUUCACCCGUGCCGGAUAUACAAACGGCAUGGGGGGAUGCUGGGCUGUGUACAAAUGGUGCCCCUGGUCGGGAGUGGGUCAGUUGAGGGUUUUAAGCCUCAAACAGCAGGCUUUGAUGCGGGUUUUGGUCGGGAGCUGUGCUGUGUUGCGUCCGCUCCCGCUCGUGGUCAGGCUCCGCCCUCCCGGUAAGACCCUUUUUCAUCACUACCCCACACGGGACAGUUGUGGUUCAUUGUUGUUCAGUGGAGACAAUCUAUGUUGAGACCUGACAUUGGAGCCAUUCUCAACCUUUACCAAUAGGGAGUUGCUAUAAGCAUUGCUGCCUGUUGACUGAUUCAGAGAUAAUACAAUAUUGCUUUAACACAAAUUUCAAGAUCAACAGUUUACUGAUAAUAGCACAUCUGGCACAGACCUUUACCCCACAAUCAGUCAUUUAGAUUACACUUUUUUUUUUAUUUUAUUUUUUUAAUUCUGAUAUUUAGCUUUGAACAAAAAUUUAACUUUUUGACUGUCUACAUCAUGCUUGUUUUUUUUAAAUUAUUAUUAUUUUUUUUUUUUUUUAUAUUCUUUAUUUUUGUUGUGCAUAGGUAUACACAGGAACAUUCAUUGCUGCAACAGCAACAUAGGAGGGUCAUUCAACAUAGGGAAGCAAAACAUAUAUUCUCAUGAACAUUGGGUGAUGUUACGUUUUUGACAUUUAGAUUAUGCUGCACAAUUUUAAAAUGAAGAUCAGGUUAGACUCACAUGUCUAAGUGUAUGGCUGCAGCUAAAUAUACAAUCUUAGAAGAUAUUCUAGACAAUGUGAACAUUAGCAAUGGGUGUGAAUGAACACCCAGUUAUCUCGCUUUAAUGGUUACCCAGCGAUAAGAUUACAAUUCAUGCUUGUGAAAAUACAUGGUGUGCUACUGGUUAUGAACUGCACUAACUGUAGAAGUAUGAGUAGGCUACAGGCCUAGAGACUCACAGCUGCACUACUAAAAUUUGAGCUGCAUUGAAUAUGUGGACCGUUCAUAUUGCUUCUCAGCCGAUUCCUGUGGCUGGAUGGCUACUUGUAGAGGGGUAAGACUGUCCGAUGGGCCAUGGAGGGGCUCUCCGCCUGCCUUGAUCGCAGAUAGAGAUCUGUGCUGUGUCUCCAUGAAUCUUGCCAUCAGGAACAGUGUUUGUAGUCAAGCUUGUAGCCCGCUUUCGACUCUGCUGCUUGGGAGCCUUCUGGGUGCUAGGGGUGCGUGUGCAGAUAUAGCCCCCUCUGGGGCGCAGAGUGAGGGCGCGAUGAUGGGGUCUGCCGGUUGGUUUACUGCACCGUUUAGCCAGCCUCCGCCGCUUCCCUGCUCGUGCUGUGCUUUUGGGUGGUGUGAUCCUUGUUUGCAGGUAGCACGGUCCUCUAGGGUAAACAAUAGGCACAGUCCUUGUAAUUGCAUUUACUCCAGGCACUUUAUUUGUAAAUCCACACAGGAUACAGCAGUAAAUGAAAACAUAAAUGUAACACAAAACCUUAUAAACAAAAACCUAGCUCGUCUGAGCACUAACUGACAUUAGGUUCCCUAUCUCUCAGGGUUAAACUAAACAAAACAAUAGUGGUUUCACCAACCUAGAGUCUUUGUCCACUCUCAGCACUCCAGUAUUUAGCCAGCCUGCUGCUUCCAGCCUUUCAGAGAGAAACAAAACAUUCUCUCCCUACCUGCCUAGCAGGGAGGGAUUUAUUCCCACUGCUGCAGCCGAUUACCUGCAGCUGAGCAGUAGGUUGGAGACAGUCCAAAACCCUGGGCUGGAUCUAUGUCUUCCAAGAAAACCGCUAAACUGCGGAGUGGAGCACUGGCCCACCCUGCUCUCCAAAUGCUCCACCCCAGGGGCCCAUAACUAAACAGUCAUUCUGGUUACAUACACAGAAACAUACACUCCCCCUGGGGUUAAAAAUCAUAUGCCUCUCUGAACAAUUCUGUCGAGAUAUAGACUCCCUCACAGACCACCCCAUUCACCUUAUCACAGUGGUCAUGGGGAUUCUGCUGUAUCCCGGCUGUUCAGCACCGUGAGCUGGGGUGAUAUGCUCAGGCCCUCGAGUGUUACUGCUCUUUUGCUUAGCCUGUCCCAGAACCUGUUGCACAGACGUUCGAAUGCCAGCUUGAGCGGAUCCACUUGAACAGGCAGCAUUAAGCUUGUAUGUGACUGGGUACUCCACACAAUGUUGGCCAUCUUGGUGAGUAUCGGCGAAAUUUAGAGUUACUUUGCUGGUGUAUUAGCAGUAUUGUGGGCUAAAGCUGAGGAGCUCCAGCCAUGUGCGACCUACCCGGUUGGCUCUCAGGCCCCGCCUCCUUCAUGUCUACAUGCUUUUAUGCGUUCAAUGGCUGCCAUGUGAUUGACUGAUCCAAAGAAUGUGUACAGUGAGCGUAACAUCAGCCACCAUUCCAUACUAAAUGCAAUAAAUAAAAAGGCCCUCUAUGUCAAGUUGUUAAAAUGAUUCAUAAGUGAUAUUAAAUUAUACAUACCGAGGUCCCCUUUCUGUGGAUAUUUUGAUUCUCAUUUAAUUUUCUGUUUUCUGCUGAAUUUGCAAAGCUACAAAUAUUACUUUUCAGCAGAAGAGAAGUGUGUCAGCAAAUUAUUGAAACAACUUAAAAGUAAACUUUGAAACCACAAAUAUUUGUUAUGACGGAGUGAUUUAAAAAAUCUAUUUUGGGAAUCUGAACACAUUCAUUAUUUGUGGUUUAUGCCAUCCGUUUAAUUAAAUUGCUGUGUUUAGUGUGCACAACAAUUAUGCAAACUUUCCUCCCAGCACCAUAACCUUUGUCUAACGUGGCACCUUUCUUGGCACUUUGGAUUUUUUUUUUGCCUUUUCUAUUGCUGAACUACCUUGAAAUCAUCGCCCGUAUGGGUGGGACCAGUCUGAUAUGCUUCAGAUAUGUUCUCUCUGUAAUGGCACAAGUUGAGCUAAAACCAGCUUGAGUUCUGAGCGGGGACCCACCGAAGGGCAGGCUAUUUUAGCUGCUGUCCGUCCUCAGAAUACUCUUGCGACCCAUUUCUUGCUCUACCUUGAAAUCUUACCUUUUAUUGACCCAUGGUAUGAAUUGUAUCGGGUAGUUUGAUAUUUAUUGGCAAUAUGUUUGCACAGGUGCCAACGUUUUUGUAAGUAUUUGCUAUUUAUGAUUCUACUUCAUAAAAUAAUUGUUUGUAUCUUUUUUGACCAGCCAGUGGUAGAUGCCCUACAGCUUUCAUGGUUCUUAAAGGGUUACUUCAACCAACCACAAAACCAACACUUUCUUUGGUUAGAGUAAUCCUUCCUAUCCCAGUCCCCAGACCCCCCAAAUCUUUAAAAAAAAUCCUCAAGCUAAAACAUUCCUCCAUUUUUAUCAUCAAGGCCAGUUCUCAGCUCCGCCCCAUACUCCUUUGUUGACGUCACACUCCUUUGCUGAAGGCUGAGUGAUGUAGGGGCAGUGUAUGGGGGCAUGCGAUACUUCCAUUGGACGCCUGCUUCCAGAAUGCUCAGAUGUCCAGUAUGCACAGAACUAAUCUUACCAAGCCCUGAACUCUUGUUCUGGAUGGGCUAAUGAUGCCCCAAUGAUGCUGCCGAAGGUGGUGAUACCCCUUGACUGCAGAGGGGUUAAGCUCUGAAGUGGUCAUGGUGCUUGGAGUGUUUGCUCCACUCUCCAGCGGAACCUCAGUGAGGCAGUGGCUAUCCAAAUAUCAGUGAUCUCUUGCCCCUAUCUGUCGUUAUGUACACUUAUCUAAUUGUGACAUUGAAUAAUAUAUACAUGUGUCUAUAAUCAACUACUCCUAAAUUUCACACUUAAACUUUUAUUUUAAAUAUAUUUUUUUAUGUAUGACUUUAAUAUUGGGAGAUUUGCAGAUUGUUUUAAUUUGGUUGCCAGAUUGUUAAAUGGUUUACAUGCUUUGCCAAGGUAAGCUGUAACAGUGUAUUAAAAGGUAUAAUAAUAUAUUUAUUAAGCAUCUCUAAAUGGCGCUUUUCUUCCCCCCUUUUUUUUUUUUUUUUUUCUUCUGUUCCCAAAACUGGCUCUGAGAAUCCUGUUUAUUGAUCUUCCUGUACAGGGGCUGGGAGCAGGGGGAGGUCACGUGCAGCCCAUAUCUUCGAGAGUCUCCAAGCACUCAGUGGAAUGUUGAGGAUCAUGAAAAUCCACGAUGUAAGAAAUACUCUGGACCCUUCUCUUGAUGCAUCAUAAAUACAAUCAGUUCUCUAGAUACUCAUGACUCUAUUGGAUAAACUACAUUGUGAUAAAAAUGCAAACCGUUCUAGAAAACAUUAUUUACAUAUUCUUUUUCAUCUAAUUCUCCUCCCCACCCCGCCACUGUCUGACCUCUUAAACAGAUACAUAUACACUAGAACUGAGCAAAAAAUAAUUGUUACCUGGGUCGUACUGAUCUUUGGCUUAUUUCUCAAAGUGACAGUAACACUAACUGAACAGGUACCUUUUUUAUGAAUGGGGAGUUACUGGUUGGCUUAAAGCAUUAGCUGAUUACUCUAGCAUGAUUGCAUUACAUCAUUACAAGUGGUUUAACGCUGAAUGGAAAGACAGUGCCAAGGGACUCCAGAUACUAUAACCACUUCAAUAAGACGAAGCUGUAACAGACUCCUUUAGGCGCAUACACGGUCUUUAUUCUGCUCAUUUUAUAUCCCUUUAGUACCGAAUAUCAGUGUUUCUAUCCUAAAGCCCUCUUUCCUGGAAAUCCUCUUGGAGUCCCAUAUUGUGAUGGUCCGGGUAAGGACACUUGUGAAUGAUGAGUUUUUGUCUGCUUUUAGUUCUUUGUGGGAAACCAUAUUUAGUUGAUUAAUAUGCCUACACUUCUUCUAUAGGCAAACAGUGGACUGAAACCCAAAGAACACGAGGUAACCUCUAAGCCGUGGCACUGGCCUAUCAACUUUCAGGUAAGCGGAUCAGUGAUCAUAUUAUUUUAUUCUCAUAUUAUAGUGUUAUAUGGUCUGGAUUUUAUUCCUAUAGCUGCUUCCCUUUUUACCUGCACUGUGAAACCCAUUUUUCCACAUGAUUUAUGAAGAAACGUGUGGAGUUUAUUUAGUUUAUUACCAAACUCUUAAAAGAGUAAUACCUGCAGGUGGCGUCUUGGGCCUCCGGAGUGCCAAUAUCUCGGAAUAGUGCUGAAUGAGAGAAUUUGUGUUUCUUCAUAUGUUCCCCUGUGUAGGCAGCCUGUGGGUCGUAGUGUGGAAAUCAGGUUGAAAAAAAAAGGUACUUUCAUAAGUAUUGUCAUGGAGCUCCUGCAAAGCACAUUUGCUCAGGGCACUGGUAACUCCACCCCCUCCCUCAAGUUAUACAUUAAACAAAUCGGGAAUAGGCUGCUGAAAGCAGUAUAAAUUCAGUUAUUACAGUGGCACAGGGACAAUGACAAUAUACCAUAUGUAGGAUGUACUUGAGAUAUUGCUCAUGCUCACAUGGAAUGCGUGUGUUAAUAACAGGAUGUAUUUAGAUAAUUGUGACACUUUGUUUUACAUCACUUUGUACAGGGUCUCCGAUUUUCUGGUGUGAAUGAAACAGAUUUCCGUAUUUAUUUAUUGGGGAACCCGGUGAGUAAGCGCUCACUCUCUAUUAAACAUAUUUCAGUCUCAUGAACCAAACCUUUUUUAUUUAUUUAUUGGAUCACACCUCUUCCUGGCAGAUCAUCUGGUGGCUGAAUCUGGUCUUUUUGGGAGUUUAUGCUCUCAUGGCCCUUUGUGCAGCUGUGUCUUUACAACGAGGAACUGCCCUGUCUACUCACAUGAAAGGUAAACUCAGUAGUAGUAGUAGUAGUAUCUUACGGAGGUAUCCUACCCAUUAAAGAAACACACCGGCAUCACAACAACGUCAGCAAAAUGAAAUUGUUACAGUAUCAGGAGGUCCCUGGCGCCGGCUCACCUUUAAGGGUUAAAAUGUUAACGAAAGGUAUCCCCAAAGUCUGCUCUCUGUCAUUCCACUUUAUGAAAUCUUAAAUAGUGGAAAGCUCGGGCAGUGGCGAUUGUGAAUGGCUUAGAGCAGGGUUAGGCAACAUUUUAGCAGCACUGUGCCGAAAUAAGAUUGUGAUGUGCCGUAGCGUGCUGGUCCUAUUUUUUUUAUUUUUAAAUUGAGGUGUGUAUGUUGCCGUAUUCUGCUUGUAGUAUUUAUACUGCAGUUGCUUUAUAUUGUUGUAUUUGUGCGUAUAUGAGCUAUUAUAUUGUAUAUGUUCUCAAGUAGUUUCUGGUAUUGUGUAUGACACCUAUGUAUGGGGGAUGCUUGUGGAAUUGUGUGUGUGUGUGUGUGUAGAUGGAUAUGUCCCAUUGUGUGUUUGGUAGUGUGGGUAUGGUAGUGUGGGUAUUUGAGGGGCUGUUUUGAGUAUUGCAUGUGAGAGGCUGCAUGUGGGGUUGUGUGCAUGUAUGUGGAUUGUUAGUUGUGUUACAUUUGUGCGGAUUGUGUGUAUGUUUGUGUGUGGGCUGUUUGUAUUAUUUGUAUGAGCAGAGGGUUAUUCUGCAUUUCUGUGUAUAUCUAGCAGUGUGGGUGGCUUCCCUGGGCUCCAGUGGGGACCAGGCUCGCCAGGUACAGGUCAAGGACAGGAGCUGCAACAGCAGCUGUGGGCUGCUUUACUCCAGUGUGGAUUCCCAUUCACAAGUGCUGGGAGGAAGUGGUCUGAGAUCACUUCUUCUACAUGUUGCAAUGUGUAACUUGAGGCUUGUCCUUCACCACCUUUUUGUAUUAGCAGAUAUCUGAAGUUUCACUGGGAUUCCUGAUAGGCCAGAGCCUGUUUGGCUCUAGCAGCCUUGAGUGCCAUGCAUGGCACACGUGCCAUAGGUUGCCUACCCCUGGCUUAGAGCAUCAGCUGACCACUCUGACCAGUCAGCAAUGCCCCUGCACCCCAGCCCGAGCCUUCCAUUAUCUAAGAUUUUAGAUUGCCGAAGGAUAGAAGGACAGAGUGAUUCAGUGCUGGACCACAGACUUUAGGGUUAAACCAUUCAUGAACUGUUUAACCCCUAAAGGUGAGGCGCCACCAGGGACCUUCUGGUGCUGUAACUUAAUUUAGAUUAAGUUAUUAUGAUGUUUAAACUGGUUCUUUAAGUAUUGACACUCCUGACAUUGAGUACUGGAAACAUGUUAGAUGCCUUUUGUUUUACAGAGAGUUGCUAUGUGCUCCUGGAGGGCGGGGGACAGCUUAUGUUGGGGUGGCUACUACAUUACUGUCCGUUCUACUUCAUGGGACGGGUCCUUUAUUUCCACCACUAUUUUCCAGCCAUGCUCUUCUCCUGCAUGCUCACAGGUAAGUCUUUGAUCUUCUGAUCCUCAACUGAGACGUUAGAUGUAAGAGGGAUAUUAUCUGGAGCUGAUGCAAACAUUGCAAGCAGAUUGGCCACUAAUGCAGAUAGGUCAAUCGGGCAGAAACGUUUGCUUUUCUUAAUUGUCUUGUUCUGUUAUGAGGUGCAGCACACAUUUUAUUCAAUAACUUAUUUUCAGGGCACAAUGAACCAUAUUGGUUUUGGAGCUUUUUAUGAUUUGGGGUUUUUAAUAUUUAAUACAUUAAAGUAGGGAAAAGUGCACUUAUUCCUGCUGUGUCUUGUGUUUUUGUUUUUUUCUUUCCACAUUUAUACACUUAGCCUAGCAAUACUAAAAUCUGUAAUUCCUACUGUUUCCUCCAAUUUAACAGACACCCAGGUUAAAGGUUUUAAAUAGCAAUGUAAAAUGAUGACCGUGCACUACAGGUUGGUCCAUUCAGGGAUUUUAUUUGUGCCCCAGCAAAGUGAUUGUAUUGGGGGGUAUGAUGACUUCAGGCAAUGUUGGAUCUGGUUGAUGUCUGUCACUUUUCACGUGUUCCGUGAGAAUACUAAAAUCCAUAAACAGGAAUUCCUUUCUGCAAUAGCGAUUCUAAGCUGUAACUUACAGAAGAGUGUGAGAGGAUAGCAGUGCCAUGGUCUAUGACCAGGAACCCUUCUUAUCACCAUAUAAAUAAACGCACUACAAUAGGUAAUACUCAAAUGAGAGCUUUUCACAUCGAUAAAAGGAUAAAUAAGAAUUGUUAAUGUAAAAAAUAAAUAUAUAUAAAUAUAGAUUACAUACUCUAAUUAAAGAAUUACAUUUUCUUUUGGUAUCAUGACAGACUGAAAUUUUUGUUUGCUCUGUAUCUGUGUUUUUUUUUAAUUUUUUUAUUUUGGUCAAUCUGUUUUUUUUAUUGAGAUGGUUGCACAUAACAGAAGAUAAAUAAAACCAGCAAAAGACCUAUUCAACUGGGAUAUAGGUACAACACGUAGUAAAGGCUUAGCUGGCACAAAAAAACAUCUGUUUUUAUAAGCAAGUCGAGUAGUUAGUUGCAUGAGUAAAGUAGGAAAAUAAUCGAGAAUUAUGCAAGGUUGAUUAACAGGUUAGUGCACAUCCACAGCAUCUAAAUACAAGUUAGCUAUGUCAGCUUGUUCAACAUAGGACAGACAUUCUCCAGGGUAUGGGCCCAGUGUAGACAUUUGCAUUCUCGGUGCGUUAAAGUGAAACAAAAAUUAGUCACAGGCGUAAAAAACUAAGUCCCAGGAACAGUCCAUGCCUAUCGCCCUAUUCCAACCCUUUGGGCUUGAUGUAGCCACUCAGAGUGUGGGCCAUACAGCAGUCUCAGCUGCGUUUAGCUUUUCGUAGUCAGUGGUCCAACCGCUGUAUCUUCGGUCCCAUGUGGAGAUGUGAGGCCAGGAGCGACCCCCUGAGUUAUCUGCUCUACGCUGCCGUUGUUUCCAACCCAGUUUCCGAGAGUGACCAGUCAGAUUCGCAUUAGGAGCUCUCACUGGGUGGCUAUGAUGUAGAGAGGUUGACUGCUGUUACGUUUUCAUCCUGCCAGUGUCAAUUUCCAGGGUCCCCUGCAAGCGCAGCUAGAACUGAGCACAUAUCUGGUCAAAGCGGGCUAAUAGACCGUUACUUGGUUGUGGUAGAUCAGCAUGGCCCCAUGCUGGCAGCUGCCAUCUUGAGUAAAUUUCUCAGGAAUCACUCUUGUCUGUGCCCAAAUACCAGGGUCCUUGAGCAUGUAGCCAGGUAUGAAUUAGUGCUGUGUUGGACCGGGAUAACCCCCACCGGUCCUGGUGGGGCCAAGAUUUCGAGGCUAGGUGACUCUAAUGGCACUCGCCCCACACCCUUUUUCCUCUCCUCCAACGGUCAUUAAAAAAAUAAAUAAGCUCUAAAUACUAUUCAACCAACCUACUUUUCUAGCCUUACCACUUGUGUCACUUUACCACUCUCCCUCUACAAUGUAAGCUUAUUGAGCAGGGUCCUCAACCUCUCUGUUUCUGUGCAUCCAACUCAUGUGGUUACAAUUAUGUGUCUGUUAGUCCAUCCAUUGUACAGCGCUGUGGAACUUGUUUGCACUACAUAAAUAAUAAUAAUUUGGAUAAUGUCUCAAACUUGUAAUAAGUGUUACAUUGUAAAUGAUGCAAUCUUACAUGUAAACUAUUGAAUUGGAAAGAUGAGUCCUGCACAUCUUUCUUCUUGCUUUUUAUUUUAUUUGCUUCUCUCAUUGUGACCACACUCACAAAUAAAAUCUAUAAUCAAAGCAAUAAUGAACUUGUGGAUAUUUAUCCAGCUAUACUUAUCUUCUACCACUAGAUGGCAUUGUUGGGAUAUAUACUGAAGUUCAUAUUGAACAUUAUGUUAACUCUUACUACUACCUGCACCCAAACAUGCCUUUACUGCCUGUCAGUGUAUGGGAUAUGUGUGAUGCAGAUACUGUAUAACAACACUUUUACCAAUAGUUAUCUCCUGUGCAGAUCAGAUAUUAAUGGAGUGUCUGGGGUGCAGACCAGACUGUGUUUGGUUGUCUAGGGUGUAGGUCAGACUGCGUUUGGGUGUCUGGGUUGCAGGUCAGACUGCGUUUGGGUGACUGGGGUGCAGGUCAGACUGCGUUUGGGUGACUGGGGUGCAGGUCAGACUGCGUUUGGGUGUCUGGGGUGCAGGUCAGACUGCGUUUGGGUGUCUGGGGUGCAGGUCAGACUGCGUUUGGAUGUCUGUUUUGUAGUUCAGACUGUAUUUGGUUGUCUGUGGUGCAGGUCAGACUGUAUUUGGUUGUCUGUGGUGCAGGUCAGACUGUGUUUGGUUGUCUAGCAGUCCGAGCCCCACUUUCAUUAUGUGCACAUAUAGAUAGCGAUUUUCGCUAUAUAUCUGUGCACUGCGGGUCCCCUGCUACCUGUACAUUGCAGAGGGGGGCCCAGCAGCACAUUCGGUCCUCCUUUCCAGCUCCUCUGUCUUGCUUUCCUGCGCCCAUGGCAACGCUCCACACAGCACGCAGGCCGGUCUCGCGAGAGUAUGUCAGAGAGGAGCUGGAAAGGAAGACAUUGUGCUGUUGGGCCCCUUCUCUGCAACGUACCGCGGCUGGCUCCCUCCACACUGUGAUCUUCCCCCUCCCUGGCAAGGUAAGAAGCAGGAAGGGGGGAAUAAAAUUUAAAUACAGACAAAUUAAAAAAAAAAAUAAUACUCCCCUCCCCCUAUUUUACACAAACACUGCAUCCUUACAAUCACACACUCUGCACUACACACACUACAUUAACUAAACACACGCUGCACUAAAUACACACACACUACAUUCACUACACACACACACACUACAUUCACUAAACACAAUCUGCACUACUCACACUACAUUCACUAAAUACACUCUGCACUACACAAACACUACAUUUACUCAAGACUCUGCACUACACACACACUACAGUCACUAAACACAAUCUGCACUACUCACACUACAUUCACUAAAUACACUCUGCACUCACUACAAACACAAUACAUUUACUAAACACACUCUGCACCACACACUACAUUCACUAAACAAUCUGCACUACACACAUACACACUACAUUCACUAAAUACACUCUGCAUUCACUACAAACACACUAUAUUUACUAAACACACUCUGCACUACACACAAACUACAUUCACUAAACACACUUUGUAGUGUGUGUGUAUGUGGUGCAAUCACUAUAUACACGUUGUACUCACUACAAACACACUACCUUUACUAAACACACUUUGCACUCCCUACAAAAACUGCAUUCACUAUACACACACUGCAUUCACCACAAACAUUUUGCAUUCACUACAAUCACACUACAUGAACUAUACACAUUUUGCAUUCACUACAAUCACUAUACAUACUUUGCACUCGCUGCAAACACACUACAUUCACUAUACACAUUUUGCAUUCACCACAAUCGCACUACAUGCACUAUACACACUUUGCACUCACUACAAACACACUACAUACGUUAUACACACUACAUCCACUACAAAAACACACACUCUGCAUUCACUGUACACACACUACAUCCACUACAAAAACACACACUCUGCAUUCACUGUACACACACUACAUCCACUACAAAAACACACACUACAUUUACUACACACACACUCUGCAUCGACUGUAUGCAUACAAACAUUACAUACAUUACACAAAACGUACAUUCUACAUCCACUAUACACACUGCAUCCAUGACACACAUACCACAUCCACUACACACAUUCUACACACACACACACUUCAUCCUUGUGGGCGAACUCGGGGCCGGCCCCAGGGGCCCAGAUAUUGAGCUGUGUCAGGGGCCCUAAAAUUUCUGAUGGCAUCCCUGUCUGGGGUUUAGAUUUGAGUGUGUUUGGUUGUCUGGGGUUUAGUUCUGAGUGUGUUUGGUUGUCUGGGGUUUAGUUCUGAGUGUGUUUGGCUGUCUGGGGUUUAGAUCUGACUGUGUUUGGUUGUCUGGGCAUUAGAUCUGAGUGUGUUUGGUAUUCUGGGGUGCAGAUCAGACUGUGUUUGUUUGGUAUUCUGGGCUGCAGAUCAAAUUGUGCCAGAUUGUGUUGGAGUGUCUUGGUUAGAUGUUGGUGCCCCAAUUCGCUGUGUUUAAUACAGAUUGCAAUUCGACAGUGAAUAGAUGUUUGUGGUAUAGAUCAGUCAGUUAGAUUGUAAGCUUGUUGGGGCUGGGCCCUGUUCUCCACUGUUCCUGUAUGUUCAAUCAUGUUUUGUUUAAUUAGAAUUAAAUGUUUGUCUUGUUUACCUAUUGUACAGUUCUGUGGAAUUUGUUGGUGCUAUAUAAAUAAUUGUAAUUAGUGUCUAUGGUUCAGGUCAUAUGGCGACAGAGCUCUUGGGCUGCACAUCAGACUAUGAUGGCGGGUCUAAAAUAUAGACCAAUUGUAUAAAGUUCAAAUGACCCACAGAUGAUGGUUAUUUACCAUACUACCAUGCCCUAAUUCACCUUUUUCCUCCAUUAACACAGCUGUGACCUGCUCUGUUCUGCUGAAAUCCUUUACUGGUUUGCUACUUCCCCGAUUCAGUCAGAGUGUCUAUAUAGCUGGGAUCUGCUUCAUAAUACUCCUCUUACUGUACAGGUAUAAUUCCUCUAGUUGAUCAACUCCAUAAACUAAAUUUGACUCUGACAUAAAGUAAGAUAACUUUGAUAAACUACAGUCCAAUAUUUCAAAUAACGCAUCUUGAAAUAUGUGUUGUUCUCUAUUUUAUUUUUAUACCUAUACUUACAUAAAAUCCUCCAUGAAUUGAUAAUGGAAGUACUGGGUGUAUAAAUAACAAGUAUUGUGUAUAUUACCCUGUUUUUGGAAAAAUCAAAUGUAUUUUUGAUACUUAUUCAUUUAAUCAAUCUGACAGUGAAUAUCUAUAUGACGGAGUUAUUACAGAGGCCAUUGUCAACCUAUCCAAGCAUGCACAUAACUGUCUUCUACUCAAAUUCAAAUGGCACCUUUAAUGAAUCUUCCUUUUACCUGAUGUAUGGAAUAUUUAAUUGCAACAUUUUAUUAAUAAAAAAAAAUAUCAGAUCCUUAUAACUACUUCUUUAAUAGAAAAAAAAACUACGUUAUAAGGACUAGUUAUGAAAUUUGUACCAUAGUUAAUCUCAAUACACAUUAAAACUUGCCACAUUUCUGAAAACACAUUGUAAACACUAUGAUUAUUCUGUGAAAUGUAUUGUGACCACUAUUACCAAACCCGAAUAACUGGUUUGACUAAAAACCACAGCUUUAAUUUUUUUUUCAUUUAAUUUUUCGUUAAAUAAAGUAUGGCUGGACAAGUUUAGUCCCAGUUCCUAAGAAUCCCUGAAAUUUAUACUAUGCUCUCUCCCUUGUCAGUGACUUUACAAAUUAUUUUGCCUUUUCAGUUUCUACCUCUUCCACCCACUGGCGUAUGGCAUGGUGGGACCUCUCGCAGACCAGACCCAGAGCCCCAUGUUUGGACUGAGAUGGAUGGAGUCGUGGGAAUUCUAG